AUGGAGGACCAGAGAAAUGUGAACUUCAUGAGACUCAUGUCAGAUGAAAGCACUCAGUCCACCCUGUCCUCGGACUCAUAUGAGUACUAUCAGACAGCGAUAUUUGACCUGCUGCCCAGUGUUCAGGCUACUCGGCCUGAGCAGAACAGACAUGGUACUCUGGAUGAGGCCCAAAAGUGUGCUCUGGGGUCUGUGGAGGACUUCAACCACAGCUUUGUGUCCAGGGGACCCAGAGACAAGACAUCCUCACAGCCACUCAGAAACCUGGCUAUGUGUAUGCAAGGGAAGAGAGGAGCCAUGGAAAGGAGGAAGAUGCAAAUCAGCAACAUUGGGUUUUGGGAGUCUUGGAUACGGAGCCAGAGCACCAACAGGAAGAGGGUUCGGGUUCAGAUGAGAGAGGCGGUAUCCAGCCUGUUGCUGUGGCGACACACACUCCAUCAAAUCCAAGGAAAGUUUGGAGUAGGUGUGAAGGCCUACUUUGUUUUCCUCAGAUAUCUGAUUUACUUGAACCUGCUACACUGCGUUCUCAUCGGGGGCUUCAUUUUGGGGCCCACGGUAUAUUAUAGUAAGAGCACUGAACUGAGAUUUGAAAAAAACGACUCCGUUUUAGAUGUAUUCCUUGGAUCGGGGUUUCUGGAUCGUUCUCCUGUCUUCUUUGGUUUUUACAAACGUGGCUCUCUGAAGUUGCCCUGUUUGAACACACCUCUGUUGUACCUCGCUGGAAUCCUCACCAUCUUCCUGCUCAGUCUCAUCAUGGUGGUCCGCAGAACAAUUGUUGGCUAUAAGCACACCUGGAUGCUCGGGAAAAGGUACAGUGUGAAUGUGAGCUUUAAGAUCUUCUGUGGUUGGGACUUCAACAUCCAGGAUCCUUCAGCUGCUGCUCUCAAGCACAGCUUCAUCAGACAUGACCUCAAGCUGUUCCUGGAGGAGCAGAGCUUCUCCUUGCGUAAGGCUCAGAGGACAUUAAGGCAGAAGGUGCGUCUCUACCUGCUCAGGUUCAUCCUCAACCUACUUGUUAUAUCUCUGCUUGGAGGAGCGUUUUACCUCAUCUUCUUGUCAAGAAUAGCCUUUAAAAACAAUGAAAAAUACAACUGGUUGGUCAAGCUGGUCCUUCAGUAUAUUCCUCCAAUCACUAUUACAUUUGUAAACCUAGUCCUCCCUCACAUCUUCCGCAAGAUCUCAUCUUUCGAAGACUACUCCUUGACAGUGCAAGUGAAUGUAACACUUGUGAGGAGCAUCUUCUUGAAACUGGCUUCCGUGGGGAUCUACUUAGUUUUGAUUUUUGUGUUGUUGUUUUUUUCCCUGCAGCAAACUUCUCAGUGCAGAGAAAACCAAUUCGGCAGAGAGAUGUACAAGCUGUGUAUCUUCAACUUCCUUGCUACUUUCUUUAGCACCUUUCUUCUGAACUACCCCAGGAAGCUUUUGCAGAAGAAGUUCCCAACAUCUUUGCUGAUUCGGUUGUCUGGGAAACAACGCUUCCUGAUCCCAUUCAAUGUGCUGGAUCUGGUUUAUGUUCAGACCGUGUCCUGGGUGGGAGUCUAUUACUGCCCUCUGCUGCCUCUGAUAGGAAUCAUCACUCUGGUGUUCACAUUCUACAUAAAAAAGUUCAGUGUCCUGCGAUGUUGUGAAGCGGAGCAGAGGAUGUUUCGAGCCUCCAACUCCUCUGUUUUGUUUUAUUUCAUGUUGUUACUUGGUCUCUUCAUGGCUGCAGCUGCACUGGUCUUUGACUUCUACCACCCUAAAGACAAAACCAUGUUGUCCUGUGGUCCAUUUGGAAAUGAAGAAAGUGCGUUUAACGUAACAGAGGUUUGUGUGAACAGUCUUCCCAGGUCAGCCCAGUCCGUUCUUCGAUACUUGGCGUCAGAGGCAUUUGCCCUGCCACUUAUAUUAGCUGAGAUCAUCAUCCUUACCUCAUAUGUCUCAAGGGGACGAGCCAAUCAGAAAGCAAUUGAGAGACUAAAAGACAUGCUGGUUAUGAGCAGCUCAGAUAAACGUUUUUUGGUGAAGGAACACGCCACAUUGCUAAGAAGUCGGAAGAACGUAACCUGAGGACCUUCUGCAUCCACCAAAGAACAUCUUGAGUGGCAUGAAGGAC